CGGCCGGGGCUGCGCUGGCUCCGCUCCGCUCCCGCGGCAGCCGCACAGACGGCGCGGCGGCUCCGAGCCAUGCGCGCUCGGCGGCGGGCGGGCAGCGCGCUCCGCGCACGGCAGCCGGGCCCUUCCUCCCCGCGGGACGGGACCGCUCGCGGACUAAAACUCUGUGGAUACAAUGAAGUGGCUCUGGGACUCUUGGUUUAGCAGGAAAAAUUAAAUAAACCGAUCUGUUUCCACUACUAGGAGUAAAGACCAGUAAAGACAAAGCAGGAUGAAAAGAUGGCUGACUUCUUGUUACCACCGGGUACUAACAGCUUCCACCGGUUCACGCCCGAGUCCUUGGCUGCCAUCGAGAAGCGAAUUGCAGAGAAGCUCGCAAGGAAUGCCAAGCAGGAGUACAGAGAGCAGCUGGGCGAGGAAGAGAAACCUCAGCCUCAGUUUGACUUGCAAGCUUGCAAGAAGCUGCCUGAUAUCUAUGGGACUGUUUCUCCAGAGCUCAUUGGGGAGCCCUUGGAGGACAUCGACCCUUUCUACAACGAUCGCAAGACAUUUAUAGUACUGAACAAAGGGAAGACAAUCUUUCGGUUUAGUGCCACUCCUGCCUUGUAUAUACUUAGUCCUUUCCAUCCAAUCAGAAGAGCAGCAAUUAAAAUUUUGGUACAUUCAUUGUUCAGUAUGUUUAUUAUGUGCACUAUUUUAACUAAUUGUGUGUUCAUGGCACAAUCAGAGACUCCGUCAUGGAAUAAAUAUGUUGAGUACACUUUCACUGGCAUUUACACUUUUGAGUCAUUGAUAAAAAUAUUGGCGAGAGGAUUUUGCAUGACAGAGUUCACCUUCCUUCGGGAUCCAUGGAACUGGCUGGAUUUCAGUGUUAUUGUUAUGGCAUACAUAACUGAAUUUGUGGACCUGGGCAAUGUCUCAGCCUUACGAACGUUCAGAGUACUGCGGGCGCUGAAAACAAUCUCAGUCAUUUCAGGACUGAAGACCAUUGUAGGGGCACUUAUCCAGUCUGUUAAGAAACUUGCAGAUGUGAUGAUCCUGACCGUUUUCUGCUUGAGUGUCUUUGCCCUCAUAGGCCUCCAGCUCUUCAUGGGCAACCUGAGACACAAAUGUGUCAGGGAUUACACCAUGUUUAACUUCACCAAUGGCUCCUUGUACUUGGAUGGUAGAACCUGGAACAACUCAGAGGAAUUUCUUAGUGAUCCAGUGAACUAUUUCAUUAAAAACGGUACAGAAGAUGUGUUACUGUGUGGCAACAGCACUGAUGCUGGCACGUGCCCUGAGGGAUAUAUAUGUCUGAAGGCUGGGGAAAAUCCUGACCAUGGUUACACAAGCUUUGAUACUUUUGGCUGGGCCUUUCUCUCCUUGUUCCGUCUUAUGACUCAGGAUUACUGGGAACGUCUUUACCAACAGACUCUCAGAUCUGCUGGGAAGAUCUACAUGCUUUUUUUCAUGCUGGUCAUCUUUCUGGGCUCGUUUUACCUGAUCAACCUGAUUCUGGCUGUUGUGGCCAUGGCAUAUGAGGAGCAGAACCAAGCCACGAUUGCUGAAACAGAGGAGAAGGAAAGAAAGUUUCGGGAAGCCAUGGAGAUGUUGAAGAAAGAGCAGGAGGCACUAGCAGCUAAAGGAAUUGAUUCAAUGUCACUCAGCUCAUUGGAAAUGUCACCUAAAAGUGCGAAAGAAAGAAGAAAUAAGAGAAAGAAAAAGAAAUCUUUGGGGGCAGAUGAAUAUGGGGAAGACCAAAGGAAUCCCAAAUCUGACUAUGAUGAUGGUCAAAGGAGGAUGACUCUCCUUGGCAUUAGUUAUGGUCCCAGUGCAAACUUGGUGAAGCGCAGAACCAGCCACGGAAGCGUUUUCAGUUUCCGACUCCGUGGCAGAGACACUUGCUCCGAGACAGAUUUUGCCGAUGAUGAGAUCAGCAUCGCUGGGGAAAAUGAAAGCCACCGGGGCUCUCUCUUAAUUCCAAGAUCUGGGAGGCGUCCAAGCGUGCAAAGUCAAGUGAGCCAUAGUUCUCACCCUACUACUCCCAACUACACCCAGACGGGCAAAAGGAACAGCUCAGUGGAUUGCAAUGGUGUGGUUUCCCUGAUAGGAGGAGGCACCGGGGCACUCAACCCAGACCCUACUUCUCCUGCAGGGUUACUGCUCCCCCCAGUUAUUAUGGAAAAGCCUGGGACAGGCAACCUGAGCUUCAGAAUCCAUAACACCAAAGAUCACCACAAUGACAAUAUGUUCCUGAGAUUUGGCAGUGUUUCAGAACAAGGAAAAACAUGUGUUGGGGAGUCAGUUUGCUUGACCUCCCCCUCGGACGAGGCAAGCAAGAAACAGCUUUUAAUGCCCCACCGGCCCUCAGUGGACCACUCAGAUGAGCCCUUCCAGAGGCAGAGGGCAGUGAGUGCUGUCAGCAUCAUCACCAGUGCCCUGGAAGAGCUUGAGGAAUCGCACCAGAAAUGUCCUCCCUGCUGGAACCACUUUGCUGUUAAAUUCCUCAUUUGGGAUUGCUGCCCACUUUGGCUUUUAAUCAAGAAAUUUGUCAAGUUUGUGGUAAUGGACCCAUUUACCGACCUCACCAUCACCCUGUGCAUUGUGCUGAACACGCUCUUCAUGGCCCUGGAGCAUUACAAGAUGACCAAGGAGUUUGAGCACAUGCUGUACAUUGGCAAUUUGGUCUUCACUGGGAUUUUUACAGCAGAAAUGAUCUUCAAAGUAAUUGCCCUUGACCCCUACUACUAUUUCCAACAGGGCUGGAAUAUUUUUGACAGCAUAAUUGUUAUUCUAAGCCUGAUGGAACUGGGUUUGUCCAGCAUGGGAAACCUGUCUGUUUUACGCUCCUUUCGACUGCUGCGAGUCUUCAAGUUGGCAAAGUCCUGGCCCACCUUAAAUACUCUCAUUAAAAUCAUUGGUAACUCAGUGGGUGCCCUUGGUAACCUCACUCUCGUGCUGGCCAUCAUCGUCUUUAUUUUUGCCGUGGUAGGAAUGCAGCUUUUUGGGAAAAGCUACUUGGACAAUGUGAAGAAGAUAAGCACGACUGGCAAUCUGCCACGGUGGCACAUGAACGACUUCUUCCACUCCUUCCUCAUCAUCUUCCGAAUUUUGUGCGGAGAGUGGAUCGAGACCAUGUGGGACUGUAUGGAAGUGGCUGGGCAGCCACUGUGCCUUCUCGUCUUCUUGCUGGUCAUGGUGAUAGGAAACCUGGUGGUGCUCAACCUGUUCCUUGCCUUGCUGCUGAGCUCCUUCAGCGCCGACAACCUGUCAGCCCCGGACGAGGACGGGGAGAUGAACAACCUGCAGCUCGCUUUCGCCCGCAUCAACAGGGGCCUGCAGUACGCCAAAAAAGCCGCCUGGAACUUCUGCUGCCACGUCCUGCGGCACCCCAAGACCACAGCUGAGAAGAAGGCCAUGAUGAAACUCGCUGCCCAGAACCCAGGAGCCCUCAACAACUGCGUGAACAGCCACGCCGCGGCCGAGCUCGGCAAAGACGGGGAGAACCACAAGGAGAACCGCGCUGAGGAUGGAGUGACUAAAAAUGGAGAGAAACACCCAGCAAUUACAGAUGAUGAUUUUAUGACCAAUCCUGACCUGUCCAUUUGUGUUCCUAUUGCUGUGGGUGAGUCGGAUAUCGAGGAGGAGGAUGAGGAGCAGAGCACCUUUACAGAAAUGGAGCAGCAGGAAAAGCAGCUGCAGCUGAGGGGGCAGCGAUGCCAAAGCCCAGGAGUCCGGAGUCAGAACUCUGAGAUUUAUGAAGAGUUAAGUGAGUUGCACGUGGAUAAGCAGUUGAAGGCUGAGCCACCACCUCCAGUAGGGAAAAAAGAGCUUGAUGAAAUCAGUCUUUCUGAAGGCAGCACGGUGGAUUUGACAAAUCCUGCAGAACUGCUGGAGCAGAUCCCCGAAUUUGCUGAGGAGCUGAUGGAGCCUGAAGAUUGCUUCCCUGAAGUCUGUGUGCGAUUCUUCCCGUGCUGUUCAGUGGACAUCACAAAAUUUCCAGGCAAAAUUUGGUGGAGGCUGAGAAAGACCUGCUACAGAAUCGUGGAGCACAACUGGUUUGAAACAUUCAUCAUCUUCAUGAUCCUGCUGAGCAGUGGAGCCCUGGCCUUUGAAGAUAUUUACCUUGAAGAUCGAAAAAACAUAAAAACCAUGCUGGAAUAUGCUGACAAGGUAUUCACUUACAUCUUCGUCCUGGAGAUGCUCCUGAAGUGGGUGGCUUAUGGCUUCAAGAAGUAUUUCACCAACGCCUGGUGCUGGCUGGACUUCCUCAUUGUAGAUGUCUCUUUGAUCAGUUUGGUUGCCAGCACUCUUGGAUACUCCGAGAUGGGUCCCAUCAAAUCCCUGCGGACCCUCCGCGCCCUGCGGCCGCUGAGAGCCUUGUCACGGUUUGAGGGGAUGAGGGUGGUGGUCAAUGCCCUUGUGGGAGCCAUCCCUUCCAUCAUGAAUGUUCUGCUGGUCUGCCUCAUCUUCUGGCUCAUCUUCAGCAUCAUGGGAGUGAACCUCUUUGCUGGGAAGUUUGGGAAGUGCAUUAAUAAGACAGAAGGAGAUAUGCCUUUGGACUCUAAAAUUAUUAACAACAUGAGUGACUGCAUACUUUACAACGUGUCGGGCACGUUUUACUGGACAAAAGUUAAAGUUAACUUCGAUAAUGUUGGUGCUGGGUACCUGGCUCUGCUGCAAGUGGCCACAUUUAAGGGCUGGAUGGAUAUUAUGUAUGCAGCAGUGGAUUCAAGAGAGUGCGAGGAGCAGCCUGAAUGGGAAUGUAAUUUAUACAUGUACCUUUACUUUGUGAUUUUCAUCAUCUUCGGGUCUUUCUUCACAUUGAACCUCUUCAUUGGUGUCAUCAUUGACAAUUUUAACCAACAAAAGAAAAAGUUAGGUGGCCAGGACAUCUUCAUGACAGAAGAACAGAAAAAAUAUUAUAAUGCAAUGAAAAAGCUGGGAUCUAAGAAGCCUCAAAAACCAAUCCCAAGGCCACUGAACAAAUACCAAGGUUUUAUUUUCGAUGUCGUCUCAAAACAAGCCUUCGAUGUCUCCAUCAUGAUUCUCAUCUGCCUUAACAUGGUUACCAUGAUGGUGGAAACAGAUGACCAAAGUCAAGAAAAAGUGAACAUCCUCCACAAAAUCAACAUGCUUUUUGUUGCCAUCUUCACCGGGGAGUGCAUCUUCAAAAUGCUGGCUCUGCGACACUACUACUUCACCAACGGCUGGAACAUCUUUGACUUUGUGGUUGUGAUUCUGUCCAUCGUAGGCACCGUACUUUCUGACAUCAUCCAGAAAUAUUUCUUCUCUCCCACACUCUUCAGAGUCAUUCGUUUGGCUCGGAUUGGCCGGAUCCUGAGACUCAUCCGGGGAGCCAAAGGAAUUCGAACUCUCCUGUUUGCCUUAAUGAUGUCCCUUCCUGCUCUGUUCAACAUUGGCCUCUUGCUCUUUCUGGUCAUGUUCAUUUAUGCCAUUUUUGGCAUGGCUAACUUUGCCUAUGUGAAGAAGGAGUAUGGGAUUGAUGACAUGUUCAACUUCCAAACCUUUGCUAACAGCAUGCUCUGUCUCUUCCAAAUCACCACAUCAGCUGGCUGGGAUGGUCUUCUCAACCCUAUUUUAAACACUGGACCACCGUAUUGCGACCCAAACCUUCCCAACGCAAAUGGUUCAAAGGGAGACUGCGGGAGCCCUGCUGUAGGGAUUUUAUUCUUUGUCACAUAUAUCAUUAUAUCAUUUCUCAUUGUUGUAAACAUGUAUAUAGCCAUUAUUUUAGAGAACUUCAGUGUAGCCACUGAGGAAAGUACAGAGCCUCUAAGCGAGGAUGAUUUUGAUAUGUUCUAUGAAAUCUGGGAGAAGUUUGACCCCGAAGCCACUCAGUUUAUUGAGUAUUCUGCACUUUCAGACUUUGCAGACGCGCUGUCAGAACCUUUGCGCAUAGCGAAACCAAACAAAAUCAAACUCAUAGCGAUGGACCUGCCCAUGGUCAGCGGAGACAGGAUCCAUUGCUUGGAUAUUUUGUUUGCUUUUACAAAAAGGGUGCUAGGAGAAUCCGGAGAGAUGGAUGCCCUCAAAAUACAGAUGGAAGAGAAGUUCAUGGCAGCCAAUCCCUCUAAGAUCUCCUACGAGCCGAUAACAACAACGCUCAGGCGGAAACAAGAAGAGGUCUCCGCCAUCGUCAUCCAGAGGGCCUACAGGAGACAUUUGUUCCGGCGCUCCAUGAAGCAGGCGUCCUACUUGUACAGGCACAGAACUUUGGAGAGCAGCAUCCUGGAGGACGAUGCGCCCGAGAAGGAGGGUCUCAUUGCGUUCAUGAUGAACGAAAACUACGGCAGGCCAAUAGACAAAUCAGAAACUCUGUCCUCCACCUCCUUCCCUCCAUCCUACGACAGCGUCACCAGAGGCACGAGUGAAAACCUCCAGCUGAAGAUAACGGACGUGAGCAAAAGCGAUGAGGCUAUAGAUUGUCUUCUCUCACCUGACAAGGAUAAAGAAUCAAUUGUUUAAUUGUUUGUUUAGAAUGCUUUAAAACAUUGUUUACAGAAUGUAAUGCUGUAACUACACAACGAUUGAAGAAGCCUUCUUAUUAAAAAUUAGUUGCAAAAGAAACAGUGGAGUUUUUACCCUUAACUACAGGAGUCUAAUAAGUCAUAUAACAUUUGACCCUGCUCUUUUUGACUUGGCUCAAUGUUUAUAUUUAUAUAUGCACAGGAAGAUUCUCGGCAGGGUCAUAGCUGUUAUAUCAAUGGUGUGAAUAAGAAUAGGCUAGACUGUAAAACAGUAAACACAGUGUAUAUCUAUCCACAGAUAAAGCCUGGCUGUAUACAUUCAUUUAAGGUCUUACUCAUAUUAGUGUGUUUACUUAUGGCAAUGUAUGACCUUGCAUUCUAAAAAGAAAAAAAAAAACUCACAGCUGCUGUAGCAAAAUGUAACACUUACUGUAUAUGUUGUGAAUGGUCUUUCAUAAAUUUAUUAUAUUUGAUAUUUUUUUACUUAAAAAAAAAAAAGAAGUCUCUUUUUCCAUGAAGAUUAAUGAUCCUUACACUCUUCAUGAUGAACUCUGAGUCAAGGUAAUAGAAACUUGUGGGAUCCCCCUCACUUGAAGAGGAAAGCUGUUGCAAAUUAAAGUAUCAAAUUAGCAACAUUUAACUGUUGAUUAUACUAAGCCCUCCCUCUCGGGACUUGCAACUGCACAUCAGCAGAAACACACACACACACAAGGAAAAAAAAACAAAAAAAAAAACCAAAAAAAAAAACCCAUACAAGUAAACGAUGUCAAAAUAAUGAGAGAAAUGGCUUGUUCUAUCCUUCAGGAAACUAGACAAUAAUGGAUUCUGUUUGUAAAACUGUUAAUAAAAGCACUAAUUUUUUAGUAUGUUUCAAGAAUCUGCUUUGAAAUUCGCAGUCAAACUCGCCAUAGAAGUAGCGCAUCACGUUUGUGUGUAGUGAUCCAAAGCACCAUCUAGGCUGGCAGAAUUUCUGUUAAGGUAGUGGGAUAGGUUACAUUUUCCCCAGGAACACUGAGCUAAGCAGCCUUAUUUGGAACUCAAAAAAAAAAAAAAAAAAUGACUAAUACUACUAAUAGUAAUAAAUCAAUGCCAACUGGGCCGUGCAGAACGGCUGUGACAGUGUGAUCAAGAAGGUGGGAGGGGAAUUACCUCUGGAUCUGUACACAAAUUUUGAGGGUUUGAAUCCUUUUUACUCAAGGUCCAUCUUUCAUUUUCUCAGAUAGUACAGUUAGAUUUCUGGGGAAGGACAAGAAAUACAGGAACUGAUUAAAAAAAUCUACUAGAUAAUAGCUAUAUCCUCAUUCCUGUAGGCAAAGUAAUAUUUACAGUUGAUGUGUCCUUCAGCUUCAGGCCAAAGAAAUGACAGUGCGGUGAAAGGUGGAUGUGUGGCUGUAGAAAAGUAUUAGAGGUUUUUACAUGCUAACAUAGGUUAUUAUUUUUUAUCUUUCAGCCUCGAUAGAAUGUGAGAAAUUAUUUAUGGAAUAUAGAGACAUGUCCAUCAUUACAGACAAGUUCUUUCUUUUUCACCUUCAGACUGAUUGUACUUGGGUUUGGUUGGACUUCAUGGAAAAUCUUGAGAUUUCUGUAAUGAGCCAUUGCACUUUAAAGGAAGAGUAAUUGUGCUUUUUCACCUUGGAGAAGCAAAGAUAUCAAGAAUGUAUUUAAGGUGUAUUGUCAUUAACAUUUAGUUACAUCCCAGGUUGUGAAGGAGUCAAAAAACCACAUGGGGUUGGCAACAAGAAUUAAAGCAACAUGUUACAGUCAAGUUUAUCUAUGGCCAUUGUUAUCUGUCCUCUAAACAAGUCAGAAUAUGUAUGACAAGUCAAAGGGAUGACAAUGUAUCUGUGUAAAUAUGGCUAAUAUAUUCUCUCCAUUCAUUGAGAGGUGUCUCAGGCAUUCACUUGAGAGUGGUCUAUCGGUUAAUUCAGAGGAUUUGCCAUCAGGAUUCAUGGGGUCUAUUCCUGAUUCUUACUACAUGAUUUUUAGGCAAAUAAUUUAACCUAUCUGUGCCUCAGUUUACCCAUCUGUAAAAUGGGAAUAAUAAUAUUAACCUACCUCACAGGGGUGUUGUAAGACUUUCUGAUUGCAAAGUGCUAUAAGGGAAUGAACCAUACUAUAUAAGUAUUAUUAUAAUCAUGCUCUCUUGCCCUUUUAACCCCAUGUCUAUGGUGUAUAACAUAGGGCUGUUCAUCUGGGCAUUUUGUUGCCUUUAAAUCUUGUAUGUAAUUAGAUUCUAACUUAUGGGGACUACUCAUUGUUCCUUGAAGUAAAAACAUUCUUUAUUCCUUCCCCCCUCCCAACCCCUCACCUCCCCCAAAAACUCAGAAUUGCUCAAGGCUUCUCAAAUUAGAGAAACUUUAUAUUCCCUGUGUAUUUAUGCUGUAAUGUUAUUCUGACUGUACAUAUCACCCAGAAAGAGUAUGCGAUUUUUUAUAUUUAUAUGCAUAUAUAUAUACACACACACAUACGUAUAUCUAUACAUAUAUAUGUAUCUUGUGAGUUUAUAGAGUGGCUGACACUCGGAGGACACGACUUACUGAUUAAAAUGUUUUCUCCUCAAUGGGAUUUAUCGAUCAUUAGCAACAAGCUGCUGCCUAUAAUGAAACUGUUUAAUUAGAAAAUAGUACAUUCAUUACUUGCUGAACAAGCAUUUAUUGGCUGACAAGUAGCAAAAUUAUUUUCCUUUCAAAGCUUUAGGAUUUAAAAAAAAAAAAAAAAAAGAGGGAAAAAUGCUAAGGAAAAGGAGUAUUUCUCAUGUGAUUUCUUUUCAUAUGGUGUAAACUGUCUGAAGCCCAAGGAAAAUGCCAGCCUACACUCAGAAGUGAGUUGUUGGUUAUGCUGCUUUAACAAUAUUUUAGUUAUUUGCAACUUAUAUUGGAAAAUAUUCAACAGCUGUUUUUAUUAAGAGUCAGGCCCAGUAAUGAAUGGAAUGUAAAGAGACAAUUAGCUGGUCACUGAUUUUAUUAGAGAAGAGCCCUUCCUUUGGUCAUUUCACCCUUGAGUCAAACAUUUUAGUGUCAUUGCUCUGAGACCCUAUAGUACUGAUGCAAUUACAAAUGGUUCUUUUACCCAAAAUCUCUAAAAAAAAAAAAAAAAAAAAAAAAAAGGUAAUGCAAAAAAAAUCUGAAAGAGGCUCUUAACUCUAGAUGUUUACAGUGCAACUUUCUAAAACUGAAUUGUAAAUUGCUUUCAAAAACCUUUGUAACUGGAAGGUCGGUUUUCUAUUGGGUUUUCUAUUGUUCUGUGGUGUUUCUUUAGGGAUGAAGAGGGAAUGGUAUCUUUGUAUGGUAUGCAGAACUCCCCUCAAAAAUGUCAAAUAACCUCACAUGUAGAUCUUUGUUACUGGAGAUGCCGAUCUGAAUCGAGCCAUGAUACAACCUCCCAGUGCAGUGAUUUAGUUUAAGACACAAACUCAAUAGUUGGCCCACACUAUCUAUAAGCAUGGUGAGUGCUACCAUUUUUUUUUUUUCUGUUGAUUUGUUCAAUAAAGGCUACCACAUGAAUCACUCAAGCUACAAAAAGAGCAAGGAAAAUAUCAGCCAAUAUCAUAGGACAUAUUAAGCUGUUUGUACCUGGAAAAAUUCAAGUUUAUUAUGUUUCUUUAUUAAAUAAAUAAGGAUAACAAAUA